CUGUCAUCCGGGACAUCAGCAAAACAAAAGAGCUCGCGCCUGUGGCACGUGCGGACAUUAAUUCGCGUGAAUAUAAACACUCAUAUCGACGUGAUCUGCGCGCGAGUGUGCUGCUGCGCUCGUGCGGUGCGUCACCUUUAAGACGCCUGCGACAUUUUUUCUCUCAUCCAGCUUCUCCGCAAACCGUCGCGCGAAACAACCACAGACCCGCUGCAAAUGUCUGUCGCGGUAAACUCUCACCUGCCGAUCGAAGGACGCCGGACUGUGGACUUGCUUUGAAGUUGAUUUUGUUAAAAAUUAAUAUUUUGAGUCGGCCGACCAUAGCGGCGGUGGGGGCGAGCGAGGAGGACGACCCGGGCUGUAGCCUCGCGUGGAGGAGGGGACGGAGCACGAGAGGGGUGUAUACUCAAAAUGCUUUCCCUUUAAAACAGGGGGACACGACGGUGGGGAGAGAUAGAGGGGGAGAGAAGAGAUAAAAAAAAAAAAAAAAAAAGGAAAGGAAGAAAGACAGCAAGGGUGGGAGGGAGAGCGGGAGAGGGAUUUAGAAAAAAAGAAAGAUGCUAUUCUCUCGAUUGAAACACCGGGGCGGAGCGAACGACUGCAGCCGACCCACAGCGCGCUGAGCUCGGAUCCGACUCGACGCCACACCGGGGCUUCGGGAGAUGCGACUGAGGCCUGGCGGGAAAGCCAAUAAAAAAAUAAUUGCAUUCCCCACGAAUUAAGUCCUCAAUUAAACGUCAUAUUACACGUGUGCUCUUUAUAUGCAAGUAGUGUUGCAUUGCAUGCCUUUCCAAACCCGUUCGCUUGUCCAGCCGUGCUGAAAUUAGAUUAGAUUAGAAUUAUCGCCAUCAUGAAGGAAUAGAUUUCAGAUCCCCUUGCGUUUCGCUUUCCCUGUCAAAUGCAUGAUUGACAACGGGUCGACAGUCGGGUUUUGGUUGUGUGUGUGUGUGUGUGUUUGAUAUUAUUUGGCGACCACGAGCGUCAUUCUGAGAUCAUUUAACUCAGGAGGCUGAUUAUUAGCACGCGGCCUUUGCGAUGAUGUAAAAUCAGCUCGCGCGAAAGUGUCUCUCUCCCAAAUCAACUCGCUUCUUUGAGCGGAACAUCACGGAACUUUUGCCCGUGCCAACCGGAGCUCCCGUGCCUCCCACGCCCCCUACUGCCUCGAGGUCUCCGACACCUGAGGACCGAUCUCAGAAUGGACACCACGUGGAGCAACUUCCUGUUCCAGACCCCGCCCUCUCAGAACCCUGCCGACGGAGCCAUCCAAUCAGAUCUGCUGCCGGAGAUCGCUGGCUCCGCCCACAGCCCCCCCCAGGAGCACACAGAAGCCCCGCCCUCUACCGUGGACACAGCCGCCCUGAGCGAGGACCCUGCACCGGUGAGGCCGGUGGUGUGUGUGUCCGCGGGGCGUGCGGCGCACAUCUGCAGCAUCUGCAGCAAGACGUUUAAAAACGGCUACAACCUGCGGCGGCACCAGAGCGUGCACACGGGCGUGCGCAUGAAGGACCGCGCCGCGCGUCGCCAUGGACACGCCGGGGUCACGGGGGUCAAGGCCGAGCGCCACACCGUCCCGCUCUCGCUGCUGCAGCUAAGCCCCGCCCCCGGACACGCCCCCCAGCCCCCCCUCGCGGAUGCACAGGCUGAGACUCCAGCCGGUGCCAUGACAACCGCCACCAUGGUGACCACUCAGCCGCUGACCACCGCUGUGGUUGUUGCUGGGACAAUGGUCCAGGUGUCCCAGGGUGCGCUGGUGGCGGGGGGGUCGGUGGCGGUGCCGGUGGUGUCGUGUGCGGCGCCGGUGCGUAAGAACCACGCGUGCGAGGCGUGCGGGAAGGCGUUCCGUGACGUGUACCACCUGAACCGGCACCGGCUCUCCCACUCGGACGAGAAACCUUUCAGCUGCCCCGUCUGCCAGCAGCGCUUCAAGCGCAAGGACCGCAUGAGCUACCACGUGCGCUCACACCAGGGCGGCGUGGAGAAACCAUACGUCUGCCCACACUGUGCCAAGGGCUUCUCCAGACCAGAUCACCUGAACAGCCACGUUAGGCAGGUGCACUCCACAGAGCGACCCUUCAAAUGCCCGACCUGCCAAUCAGCCUUCGCCACGAAGGACCGCCUCCGUGCUCAUCUGAUUCGUCACGAGGACAAGGUUCCGUGUCACGUCUGCGGCAAGCUACUCUCGCCUGCUUACAUCACCGAUCACAUGAGGGUCCACAACCAAUCACAACACCACGUCUGCCAUCUGUGCAACCGCAGCUUCACCACGCUGACGUACCUGCGUGUGCACGCUCAGAAGCACCACGGGGCGGAGUGGAAGGAGGGGCACAUGGGCACCCACGCCGACACACACACACACACACACACACACAUGGGUGCCCAUGCUGCCCAGGACCCCGCCCACGACUCCUCCCACUCCACUCUAAGCUCCUCCCACACGCUGCCCGGCGACGCCCAGGACACGCCCACCAGCACCAGCAUCACCGUUACCGCCGGCAACACCACCGUCAGCCUACUCGUCACGGACUGUUCCAGCAUUACUCCUCAGACACAUAGCUAA